AUGAAUCCCUACAUUUCGUUCAGUUCUCGCUAUUUCAACUCCUCUCCUACUAAAGAUGCGACUGGUUUUCCAAAGGUGAUUCAAGUGACGCCUUUUGCAGAUAACAACAACAUUCCCGUUCCGGUAGUCUCUUUUAAUACGAUUCAAGAAAUGCCACGGUGUUCAAUGUGUAGAGCUUUCAUGAGUAAACAAAUGACGUGGACGAGACUUGGAGGGAAAUACAUAUGUGGGUAUUGCAGACAACCAAAUGAGAAGUUUUACUUGAGAUAUAAAUACAUGGAAAGGGAUGGGGUCGGGUCAUUCCCGGAAUUAGUCGACGACGUCUAUGACUUCGAGUACCAACCUCCAACACCAAAACUCCUUCAAACAAUCAUUUUAAUCGACACGUCUCUCACCUUCGCUCAGAGCAAUGACUACCUCUAUAUGAUCAACGCACUCAAAAAUUAUGUCGACCAAAAUAUGAGGCAAUACGCUUAUUUCGCGGUCAUCACUUAUAAUACAUCAGUCACGUGCUACAAGUUUGGAGAAAGUUUCAGUAAGAUUGUAUUGCCCGUUAUCGACGAAGACAUGAGGGAUCUCGUUAUUCCUCAUUACAAAAAUUUGUUUUGUACAAUUGACGAUAAAGCAAAAUUGGACGCACUCUUCCAGAGCUUACAAGACAUUCAAAGUAUCGUUGCCGACGCAGAUGGGUUAUCAAAGGGGUGUUGCUAUGGAGCUGCACUCAAAUUAGCUGUGGAUCUUCUUAAUAAUCGUGGUGGAACGGUGAUAGAUGUUUGUGGUACAAAAGGGACAGUGGGGUGUGGUGUAUCAAAUCGUUUGAUUAGCCCGUCGAGCACAUAUACAGAAAAUAGGGAAUAUCUUCAACCCAACCAGGCACUUAAGUUUUACCAGGACAUUGCUAUUAAAUGUUCUGAGCUUGGUGUUGUCGUGAAUAACUUUUUCUUCUCGCGCGAUUACUGUGAUGUUGCGACUCUUGGAGAAGUUUCUCACAUUACCAAUGGUAUUCUUAAAGUCUACGAACCGAACAAAACGCAAUUCGAGGUCUUGACGAACGAUGUCAACGCAAUGACACCAUCGGCUUAUGCGUGUGCUCUAAGGAUGAGGAUACCAAGUUGCUUAGAAGUUGAGACGGUUGGAGGGCACUUCUUCCAGCGCUCCGCAACUAACUACGCGUGUUCAGUUAUGAGAAAGGACACCACAUUACUCUUCGAAUUAUCAGGAGGUUGCGAUGCAAAUUACAGACAACUCAAAUUCCAGUUGGCCAUUUCAUUUUCUUUGGCAAAUGGAGCUAGAAGAACAAGAGUCAUCAACUUAGAGAUCGACACUUCAAAUUUUAAUAGCGAUGUGUUAAGACAACCGAAUCUGCCUGUUGCGAUGAAUGGGUAUAUUUUCAAAGUUAUCAAAUUGUUGAAAGAAAAGGAUUUGAGUGGUGUUAAAAGCGAAAUAGAGGGGUGGAGAAAUAGCAUGAUCCAAAAUAUCGGGAAAACAGAUUUAACGUCUUAUUUGUACGCAUUGAUGACAUCCACGGCGGUGCAAGGAGGACUGACAAACGACUUGAUGUAUAGCGAAAUGUAUCAAUUGCAAAGGUACUCCCCGUAUGUUCUCAAUUAUCUUGUACAAUUUUUAUACGCUCCAACGGCCUCGUUUUGA